CACGCCCCUGCCGGCCUUUCCAUACAUAGCGCAUGCGCGGCGGCCUCCUCUUCCUUUCAGCCAUCUGAGGUCGCCAUGGCUCCCCAGAAAAAGACAGCGACGAAGGGCAGCAAGAAGAAGAAGCAGCUCCUGAAGUUCACCUUGGACUGCACGCACCCUGUAGAAGAUGGCAUCAUGGAUGCUGCUAACUUUGAACAGUUCUUGCACGACCGCAUCAAGGUGAAUGGAAAAGUUGGAAACCUGGGUGGUGGAGUAGUCACUAUUGAGAGAAGCAAGAGUAAAAUCACUGUGACUUCAGAGGUGCCAUUUUCUAAGAGGUACUUGAAAUAUCUGACUAAGAAAUACCUGAAGAAAAACAGCCUCCGUGACUGGCUCCGUGUGGUUGCAAACAGUAAGGAAAGUUAUGAAUUAAGAUACUUCCAGAUCAACCAGGAUGAAGAGGAGGAGGAAGACGAAGAUUAA